AUGGAUGCAGCUACAGCAUCAGGAUAUUGCGAAGGUUUCGAGAAUGGAAGGGAUUCAGACUUCCGUUUAGCAAGCUGGAUCAAAGGGUUCAUGUUCGCAAGAGCCUUGUCUGCUCCUAAGCCCUAUAUGGCCUCCAUUACCUCCGCAAGUCAAUCAGUCCAUAUUGAUCUUUCCGAUACCCCAAGGAAGCAAGAGGUGUAUCAGGGAGAGGACAUCGAGGCUGAACUACCUUCAGACCAUUCCGCAUAUAUAUGGGGCCAUCGGCGCCGAUGCCCCACACCUCCGUCUUCUGAUAUGCGCCGACUACAGAUAUAUCAAUGUGGAAAUGCAACGAAUGCAACCAAGGAGUUAGGCACAAGUGCCUUCUGUUUGCUCCUUUCGCUCCUCGACAAGAAAGACAUCGACUUUAUUAUUGCAGUCGUCGGUCGUGGCGAAGCCUUCUGGACUGCAUCUGUGCAGCAGCAUCAAAUUGUCAACCUCGGUUACUCUGCCGCCCGAUCAAUUAACUUCUCACACCCGGAAGAUGAACGUGAUAUUGCAAAGGCCGUCCGGUGUCCUGAUUGCGUCAUGUUCAAGCCGGGCAAAGAGAGCGGUGCCCCUGUCGUUCCGCCGCCUCAAUCUGAGUCCAGGCGAGCAUCAUCAACUGGGAUAAAGCCCAAGCGCAAACGUCAGACUAACCAAGGGUCUUUGGGAGCCCCUCCGAGAAAGGCCACUCGUACAGGAACCGCUCCCCAACGAGAACUAGAAGAAGUGAAGUGCAUGCUCGAAGGCCUGCAGUAUCAUCCUCCAAAUAUAGACCCCAGAAGCCUGACUGGAGUAGAGGUGGGGGUUUACAAACUAGUGGCUUCAGUUCAAAGUACCAUGGCAAUACAACAGUUCCAGCAACUUGUCUAUCAUUGGAGGGAGCAGCAGUCGCGAGCAACCCUCUCUAUAGACUCUACUGGAUCAGCACUCGAUAAUGUGAUGGCGUCGAUCAGACUUGCCGAGGAAGUUGAGAAGGCUAAAGGGCCUAUACAACAACGCGCUGAUCUCAAGUUUCUUCACGAUCUUGCGUCGCGCAAGAAUAUGACAAAAGAGGAAGUCAAGCGCCAUCUUCGUGAUGGGAAGCAGUGGUCCAAGCUGUGUGAAUCUGUUGGGCUGUUGGCCUUCAUCCCCCUGGAUUCAAAUAACGCUUUUGGGAUCAAGAAGGAGGAAUGGAUAGAGCUCAGCCUAGAAAGGCGCACUGCAUCCAUGAAGGCGUUCCCUAACCUCCUGAAUAAUGGAUAUAUGAAAAAUAUAUUGGUUGCAGGGAAAGUGUUGGUGGAGAUGGUGUCUGGAACGCCAGUUGUUUUUUCGUGGGAGAAGGACCGUCUCAGCUAA